CUCAUUCAAAUUCUUUUUGAAUCAAUUUAUUUAAGGAAAUCGAAGCACUGGAAUCAUUCAUUUUGGAGAAGAGAUAGCUUAUCGCAUUCAUUCCAAUUCAUUUUAUUUUUGUGUUAUUGUUCGGAAACUAAAAAGCGUAGCUUAUCAUUUGGAGCUUAUUUACGGGUCACUUCAAGUUCCUUUUCAUUUCUAACUUUUGUGUGCUCAGCAUUCGGUGCAGCAGAAGAGCAGGCGAAUGUCAAAUGUGACCGAAAUGGGUGCUGCAGGUGGAGAAGAUGCUACGGAGAUCACCCCCCUCGUCGACACAAGAUCACCCCACUAUGUGUAUUCCUACCAGGAUAGUCACGAGGAAACGAUGGAGAGAGAGAUCUUGCAGAUGGUGGAAUCCCAUGAUCAAUCGUCUACUGUUAAUGAGAGGAGGAGCUGUUGCUUCUCGGCCAUCAGAAGGAACAUCAAGCUGACCCUUCUCACCAUCAUCAUGCUCUUCUGUGUCGUUUCUCUGAGUUUUAUUAAAGUCCAUAGCCAUGAUUGGAAUUCUAUUGCUCUGCUUAAAGGUAAAACAAUCAACAUGAAUGUGACGGGAGAUGCAACUUUUAAGCAGGAACUCAUCCAUGUGAUGGCGAAGGGACCCUUCAUCAUCGACAAAGAUUAUCCGGGCUCUCAAGACUACGUGAGUUUCUCCGUCUCCAAGAUAAACUGCAAUGGAACUUACGUUAAAGUAUCAACACCGUGGAUUCUUCAUGUAGCAGAAAAUUCUCGGGAAAAUGAGGUGGAACCCGUCAUUUUAGAACAUGACUUUCAACUAAAGAAAAAUGAAAUAUCUGACUGCGAGAUCUACCAGGUGUCUGUGUCGACAAACAAGAGGAGAGAUAUCGUAUCCCUCUCAGUCUUUCUCUCGGUUCGACCCAAGUUGGCGAUGGGAAGAAUUCUUAUGGCACUCUGUGUUCUCAUCGGACUCUACUUACUCAUCAUAUUUGAGAUUGUUCAUCGCACUCUGGCUGCCAUGAUAGGUGCUACAUGUGCUAUUUCUUGCCUGGCUAUAGUGGGAGAGAGACCAUCUCUGGCUGAGGUGUUAACAUGGGUGGACGUGGAAACGCUCUGCCUCCUCUUUGGAAUGAUGGUACUGGUGUCCAUUCUCUGUGAGACUGGAUUCUUCGACUACAUCGCCGUUCUGACAUACAAAAUGGCACGAGGCAGAAUUUGGCCUUUAAUAACUGGACUUUGUUUAGUCACUGCUGUACUAUCUGCAUUUCUCGAUAAUGUUACGACAGUUCUUCUUAUGUCUGCUGUUGCCAUCAGGUUGUGUGAAACGAUGAACGUUGAUCCUAAACACAUGCUCAUUUCGUUGGUCAUUUUUUCAAAUAUUGGUGGGGCGGCCACACCCAUUGGAGAUCCACCCAACAUCAUCAUCAUCAACUUUAAAGGAAUUGCCAGCAACGGUAUUAAUUUUACGGCAUUCACUCUUCACAUGGCUCCGGCUGUGAUCAUCUGCAUUGGAGCCACCUACAUUCUCAUGAGGAUAAUGUACAGAAAUACUGCAGGUCUGAAAUUUAGAGAACCCCAAGAUGUUGUUGAUAUGAAGCAUGAGUUGACUCUGUGGAAGAAAGCGGCCAAAUUGCAUUCUGGUUACUCAAAAGACGAAGACGCUAUCAGAGCCCUUCUGAAGCGAAAAAUGUGUGUCAUCGAAUCAAAGCUCGAGAUGAAAACAUUAAAAUUUAAUGAUCCGAAAAUAUCGGAGGCAGAUUAUAGAGCGAGUUUAGUAGAAUUAACAAAUACGCUGAAGAUUAAGGAUUCUGUGCUUCUCAUAAAAUCCCUGAUCGUUAUUGGGAUAGUUAUUAUCCUUUUCUUCUUGGAAAGUUUUCCACAACUUAAUCUAAGUUUAGGCUGGAUCGCCAUACUUGGUGCCAUAUUUUUGUUAGUGUUGGGUGACUUUGAGGAACUGGAGAGUAUUCUGGGAAGAGUUGAGUGGUCCACUCUGGUUUUCUUCGCCGCCCUCUUCAUAGUCAUGGAGGCUCUUUCGAGGUUAGAACUUGUGUAUUACAUUGUGAGCACUACUCAGGAUAUCAUCAAUUCUGUGGAUUCAGAACACAGGCUCCUGGUGGCUAUCGUUAUUAUCCUUUGGACAUCCGCUCUCUCGUCCAGUCUCAUCGACAACAUUCCCUUCACCACGGUCAUGGUGCAAGUGAUUUGUGACAUUUCAAGCAAUGAGAAACUUCCACUUUUUCCUCUUGUUCUAUCCUUGGCACUGGGAGCUUGCUUCGGAGGAAACGGGACUCUGAUUGGUGCUUCUGCAAAUUUGGUGACAGCCGGAGUGGCGGAACAGCACGGCUACAGGUUUUCAUUUUACGAUUUUUUCAGGAUCGGUUUUCCAACAAUGAUCUUGACGACAACUUUGUCAACAAUCUAUUUGGUGACAUGUCACAUUUGGAUAGGUUGGAACUAUUGAUCUCUUUCUUACAAGAGGACGACUUUUAUUAUUGAUGAAAGUUUUACAUUUCAAGGAGGGUAGAAGGACGUCACAACACUUGAACUCUCUCUCAAGUUUUUGUUAUAUAUUCAUUCCGGUGUAAAUAAACCUAUUUUUGUAAAGUGAA